GUGAGCCAGGUGAGGUGAGGUGAGGCCAGGCCAGGCCAGGCCAGGGGAGGGGGGGGGGGGGGGUGGUGAGAGGUGAUCCCUGUAAGGACAGCCCAGAGUGAAGAGAGGAGAAGGGGGCUCUGAGGCCCCCCUCAUACUGAACCCCCCCCCCCCCCCUGAACCCCACAACCCCCACUCCCACUCCCCACCCCACCCUCCCCUCUCUAUGUGCCUCAAUCUUCCUGCUUAACCAAUUGGUGUUUCUUUUUUACAGCGAUUUGAUCCUGCCCAUGUUGUGCUGAUGGUAAACUUAGUGGUAAAUGUUAUUUUUCCCCCGAUUGAAUUGUUUUUAUUUUGUUUCUUUCUCCCAUUUUUUUUAAUUUUUAUUUCAUAUGUUGUUUCCCGCCAUCAGAGCACAUAGGCUUUCAAUUCUCUCUGUAUUAGUAUUCAUUCUGCUGCUUGUAUAUUCUCAUACAUAUACAUUUAGAACAUUCUCAUUUUGUUUGUUUUCAGUUUUUUAUUUCUUCUACCUUGUUGUUCACACUCUGUGAAUUAGAUGCACACUUUUCGUCCAGUCCUUUUUAUUUUCCACUGGAAUGGGUAAUGCUGAAAGUAUUGUCACUGUGUUUCGAUAUGGUGAUAGUUUGGGACAUAUUCAACCGUUUUAUGGAUCACAGUUGUGAUCAUUCUGGGCCUGGAUGCUGACUCCUCCCUCAGUGAGAAGGUCCAGAGGUGAACUCGUGUGCAGUGGCCUGUCUGGUGACUAGCCCUCCCCCUUGUGGUUAUACAGCCUGACUGCACCCUAUAAAGACACAGCGCACACAGACACGAUCUUGGGUAGACUUCAAAAUGGAUAUGCUCAGGUGUUGUUGUUUGAUAUCACUAUUAGGGUAGUGUAGAUUUUGCUCAAACUAGAGUGACCAGACGCAAACUAGAAAUCCAACCAGCAGACAGACACUGCUGGGGGAGUCCAGCCUGGCCCUCGUUAGAUGCCAUUUGUACAACUGUGGCUUUUUAGAUUUUAUACUCUUAUACCAUUGGGCUGUGAAUACACAGGAACACAUCAGGGAGCUAGCAGAUGUUAUUAAAGAACAAAAACAAGAUUUGGGUCUUUUUGCUACGGGCUAGGAAUUAAUGAGACUUACGUCUCCAUUUCAGCUGCAGUGAGCCUCGGGUAAGAAUAAUGUCCUUUCUGAAUCCAUUAGUUGUGUAAGCUCAAGUACUGGUCAUUGAAACAUGACUGUUUAGCACAUACAUUAGUUCCUGUCCCUUAGAAUAGUCCUUUGGGUAAGCAUUGAUACAGUCAAACUUGAAUGUCAAGUAGAGAAUUAGGCUAGCUGGAUACAUUAAUGUGGUUCCUUCUCUGUAGUGAGGUAGCUAUAUGAAUACAUAAGGAUAGUGUUGGUACAAACAUUGGGAGCAUUAAUUCCCAGCCCAGUGGCUCACUACCCACUCCUAAAGUUCUACAUAGACGCCCCUCAUGCCCAAGGGUAAAAAUUAUCGGUAAAUUGAACACAAAUGUGUAAAAAAAGAAAAGAAAAACUGAAACCAAACGGAAUUGCUAAUUGGAUUUUGAAAACAUUGACUAGCAAUAACUGGCUGACAAAAGCCACAGCUGCAGCAGACUAGAGUCCAAAUUCUGUUUUGUGCUUUUUGUUUUGAGAACUGUCCGUCCGUCUGUUUGUCUGUCCUCGCCUUACCCCUUAUCCCCUUACCCCUUAUUCGUCAGGUAAGUAUCCCCCCCCCUCCCCUGCACUGUCACCAUGGCAACCCCUGCCCUGUGACGUCACUCUGCUGUAGUUCAGUGCUUGUGUCCUUUCUUCUUCCCUCUCUCUCUAUCUGCUUCGUUUGGCUGAUUAUGAGUGGAUUAAGCAAUUACGUGUCAAUCUCCAACGUAGUUUUGAUUUGGAUCUUUUCUGUUUCAUUCUGUUUUUUGUUUGGAUUUCAUUUUUUUUUUUUGGUUUGUUGUUAAUUUUUUCUAAAGUUAAUUUCCUUCUGAUCUAGCUCUUUUCACAGCUUACGUAACAUGGCUUAAGUAGAAAGAGCCCUUUAGCCCGUGAGGAAAUAUGAGGCCGGGUCGGGGAAGUAGAGGCCAAAGCACUAAUGGAACAACUAGAGGGGGGUUUGAGGGUCAUGUGGGGUUUCAGGGAGGGCCGAUGUGUUAGAUAAGGGAAGGCCGUACUGUCCUCAUGGUCUGCGUUGUCGCAGUGGUGCUCUGUAAUCCGUGGCUGCUUCGCCACCCCCUCAGGCAGUAUUGUCCUUGGUAAACUUAGUGUUGUGCUUCAACAGGACUGCAGCACUGUGAGGGAGAGAGAGAGAGAGAUGGGAGGGGGGAGACGUGAGAGAGGAAGAGGCAGGAGCUACAGAGAGACUGCGUCAGAUGGGCUGAUGCUCUAUCUCUUUCUCCAGUCCACUUUGCCCCUCUGUCUCUCCCCAUGCCAAACCACCUCCUCCUGUUCCUCCAAUAACCUAAAAGAAUCACUGAACUACUGCCAUGGCCGAUCUUGACCCUAGGAUCAGGGGGGGGGGGAGAGAGACGGUUUGAUCAACUACAAAGAGGAGAAAGCCAGACAAAAGGGAAUGUGCGCCAGAGUAGUUAAACGUUGCUCUGCCUGAUAGCUGUGGUAAGCUGUGAGAAUGGCUGGUGUUUGGUUCACUGUAGCUUUUCUGGUCUCUUUGCACUUCAAGGCAAUAUUCUCUAACCCCAGCACCCUGUGCUCUAAAAGCAGGCUGUCCCCGAGCUCUCCCCCCCCCUGCCUGUGUGUCUGGCCUCACCUCCCCCUCUCUCUGCCUCUCUCCCCCCCAGGACGCACCGACCCUGUGCCCAUCGUCCUCAAAUACGAUGUCAUGGGGAUGGGACGUAUGGAAAUGGAGCUGGACUAUGCCGAAGACGCAACAGAGAAGAGGAGAGUGCUGGAGGUGGAGAAGGAGGACACAGAAGAACUACGGCAGAAAUACAAGGACCAGGUGGAGAAGGAGAAGGCCAUUGCCAAGGCUCUGGAGGACCUGAGGGCCAACUUCUACUGUGAGCUCUGCGACAAACAGUACCAGAAGCACCAGGAGUUCGACAACCACAUCAACUCGUACGAUCACGCCCACAAGCAGAGGCUGAAGGAGCUGAAACAGAGGGAGUUUGCGCGGAAUGUCUCCUCCCGUUCAAGGAAAGGUGGGAAGAAACAGGAGAAGAUGCUGCGCAGGCUGCAUGAGCUGGCAGAGCAGAGGAAACAGCAGAACCGAACACCAGGAAGUGGACCCAUGUUCAAACCCACCACGGUGGCAGUAGACGGGGAAAAGGCAGAGGACGGCAGCCCUGUGACCCCCGAGUGCCUGCCCCUGGCAGACCCCGCCCUGGAGGGCUCCUCCGGGGAGGACCGCAGGGAGGACCGCAGCGAGCAGACCUCCCCCAAACCAGCCCCCACCAUCAGUUUCUCUCUGGGGAAGAGCAGCUCCUCGCCGACGCCGCCUGGAGCCCCCAAGGUCAGUGUGUCUUUCUCCUUCGCCAAGAAAGCCCCGGUGAAGCUGGAGACGGUCGCCGCUGUGUUCACCGACCCCGGGGAGGAGAUACUGGAGGGGGAGGAGGGCCAGGAGGAGGGGGAGAAGGCGGGGGGACAGGACGAGACGUCGGGCUGCAGCACAGAGAGCUCCAAGGGGGGAGGGGGCAGUGUGACAGGGGCUGAGGAGGAGCAGCAACAACAACAACAACAACAACUACAACAACAGCAGCAGCAGCAGCAACAACAACAGCAACAGCAGCAGCAACAGCAGCAGGAGGAGGAUGAUGGGGCCUCCCUGGCCUCGACCCUCAACAAGCUGAAGAUGAUGAUGAAGAAGGAGGAAGGCUACUCGGGGCAAGAGCCGGAGUACUACCACUACAUCCCGCCCGCCCACUGCCGCGUCAAGCCCCACUUCCAGUUCCUGCUGUUCAUGAAGGCCACCGACCAGUGUGAGAUCAAGGUGGAGGAGGAGGAGGAGGAGGAAAGAGGAGAAGUGGAGGAGGAGGGGGAUCAGGAGGAGAAAGAGGGGAAGCCCGAGGAGAACCCCGAGCAGAAACGGACAAAAGCAAACGACUGCAAAACCGAGACGGAGCCAGAGACGGCUGAUCCGAUGGAGGUGGCAGACCCUCCUCCCUCACCACCACCAUCGUCUAAAGACAAGACGAAAGAGUCGUCCCCUAGCUCCGCUGAGCCCCAUGCCCCAGCCGCCACCCCCAGCCCCACACCUACUCCCACCCUCACCCCGGCAGCAGUGCCAGACAGCAAGCCAGAGACACCAGAGGCGAACCUGGGUCCUAAAAUCCCUUCAGGUCCCUUCUUUCCAGUCCUGAGCAAAGAUGAGAGCACCACCCUGCAGUGGCCCUCAGAGCUGUUAGAGUUCACCCGCGCCCAGCCCUCUCUCUCCUACAGCUGCAACCCCCUCUACUUUGACUUCAAACUGUCCCGGAACAAAGGUGCCCGAGCCGGACAGGCUGCCAAGUCCACCAAGCCCCCAGGAGACGCUUCUGAGAAGGGGCCCAAAGCAGAGGCCCCUGCCCCGACCAGCGAAAGGCCGGAGUGCGUCGCCUCCACCACCGCCGGGCCCAGCACCAACCCGGAGCCGCCCUCCUUAAAGGAGGAGGGGGAGGCCCAGGAGGAGGGGGCCAUUCAGAAGGGACAGUCCGGAGGCAAGGGAGAGAAGAAGAAGAAAAAGAAGAAGAAGAAGCAUAAGAAGUCUGGGAAACACUCCAAGCGCAAAGAGAAGGACAAAGGCACCGUGGCGGAAGGGGAAGCGCCGGCCGACGCUCCCGGAGAGAAGACCAAAAAGAAGAAGAAACGCAAACGAAAGAAGAGCAAGAAUAAAGUUUCGGGUCAGGAGGAGGAAGAGGCGGCGGCGGGUGAGAAGGAGAAGGAGAAGCAGGACGACAAAGGGGCCGGCCCCUCGGCUGCAGCGGCUGGAGCCACAGGGUCAGAGUCUGGGAAGAGGAAGAGACCUGCCAAGGAGGCCCAUCCCAAGCCGGGCCCGGAGGAGGGCGGCUCGGGGAAAGCCUCUGACAGCAAGACCAACCCCUCAGAGGAGCACAACGGCACCAAGAGACAGAAGACGGACCCCAGCGCCCCGCCCAGCGCCUCCUGCUCCUCCUCAGCCAGGAAGAGCCCCGGUCCCGGCCGACCCCCCAGCAGCGAGAGCGAGGAGGACGGAGGCUCGGUCUUGAAGCGUUCGCGCCAACGCAGGUCCAGCCCCCGGGAGCAGCAACAGCAGCGGCGGCACCACAGCCACAGCGAGGACUCUGGCCGCUCCCGCAGCCACUCGUCCCGGAGGGGGGACCGGCGGGGCAGCAGCCGGCGGCACCAGCACCGAGGCCAGGCCUCCCGCAGCCAGUCCUACUCCAGCAGCUCGGAGCGCUCGUCAGGACGCAGCAGCGCCUACAGCCACCGCAGCCGCAGCUACUCGGACAGCUACAGCGACUUCAGCGACGGGGGCCGUCGCCGGCGACGCCGCCACUCGAAGCGCUCCUCGGACUCGGAGUACGAGCGCCGGGGGGGCCGGCGGCGCUCCCGGAGGCGGCACUCCUCCUCCUCGUCCUCGGAGGAAGACUCGCGCUCGCGCAGCCGCAGCCACGGCCGGCGGAAGAGGCGCCGCGAGCGCCGCAGGAGCAGCUCCCGCAGCUCCAGCAGCAGGAGCCGCAGCAGCAGCGCCCGCUCCUGGAGGCGCAGCUACAGCCGCAGCCGCAGCUCGGCAAGCCGCUCCUCCAGCUCCAAGGGCUCCCCUCAGCGCCGUGGGCCCGCCCGUCGCGCCGACAGCGACACCCGCCGGCGGGACUUCAACCGCUCGCGCAUCUACCGCUCGCAGUCGCCCCGCUCGGCCGCGUCGCGAGCCCCCAACCGCAACAGCGUCUCCUCCAGCUCCCAGAGCCAGAGGGCAGGAGGCUCCCGUGGAGACGGAGAACACAGGAACUCCUUAAUAGCCCGCCAGCUGUUGGACAAGGUCCAGUCCAGGAAAGGCUCCGAUGAUACCCCCUCUGGAAAGUCCGGCAAGGUCAAAGACCCCCCACAGGGCUACUUUGGGCCCAAACUACCCCCAUUGCUGGGCAACAAGAGCAUGUUGCCUUUGUUUGGUAAGCUCCAGGCAGGGAAGAGGCCUGCUAUCAUCCCCCUGACCAGACCAGAUGACGGUGAGAAGUCAGGGGCAGGGAAAGGUUCUGAGGCCGGAGGAGAGGUGAUCCUGGUGGAGCCCAUUAGGGAGUUUCCUCCUCCGCCACCCCCACCCCCUCCACCAAUUCAGAAGGUAGAGGAGACCAUACAGAAUACCAUAGUCCAGGAAGAGAUUCUCCACCCCACUCCCGAAUCCCAGUUACUUCAUGAGGCCAGGCCUCUGUUUGAGCAGGAGCCCUCCAUGAUGAUGGCUCCGUACCAGGGUGAUCCAGGACAGGACCCCUCCCAGAACCCCAUGAUGGACUCCCUCAUGGCUGACAUGCAGCAGCCUCCCAUGCACGCCUACCCUGGCUACCCCCCACCCAGCCUGGAGGACGAGGACAUGGGCAUGGAGGCUGAGGAGGACAGCCUGGCUCCCCUGGAGAGCCAGCCCAUCACCUUCACCCCGGAGGAGAUGGAGAAGUACGGCAAGCUGCAGCAGGCCGCCCAGCAGCACAUCCAGCAGCAGCUCCUAGCCAAGCAGGUCAAGACCUUCCCCUCGGCCGCAGCUGCCGCCGCCGCCGCAGCGGCCGCAGCCGCCAACAUGGCCCCCGCGCCGCCUCCCCCGACCCUGCAGCAGAUCCACAUCCAGCAGCCCUCCGUGUCCGCAGCCUCGGCCACCUCCAUCACCACAGUGCAGCACGCCAUCCUGCAGCACCACGCUGCCACAGCAGCGGCCAUGGGCAUCCACCCGCACCCCUCCCACCACCCUCACCACCCGCAGCUGGCCCAGGUUCACCAUAUCCCCCAGCACCACCUCACCCCCAUCUCCCUGUCUCACCUGGGCCACUCGCUAGGACACUCGCUACAACACUCGCUAGGACACUCGCUACAACACGCCGGCCUCAUCCCUGCCCACCACACAGCCUUCCUCUCCGGCCAGCCCAUACACAUCAUCCCUGCCUCAGCACUUCACCACACCCCGUUAGCCCUCCACCACGUCCCACACGGCCUCUACCCCACCCUGUUCGCCCCCCGGCACAGCAACGCUGCUGCCGCCGCCGCUCUCCAGCUCCACCCCCUCCUCCACCCCAUCUUCUCAGGGCAAGACCUCCAGCACCCUCCCAACCAUGGCACCUGAGGAGAAGCCCUGUGGGGGGGAGAGGAGCACAGUGUGUCCACAUCAGCCUGCCAAGAGGGGGGUUAGACCAAAACGGACCUGGUAUGAAGGUCUGAACUGGGCAGAGGAAGCAGUGAGAAGGGAAAAGGAGUUCCACCAUUGUGCAGACAGUGGUGAGGAGAGAGUUAGCCAACAUCGAAUUGGCCUUUAGCACACCACUGGCCACUAUGAGGGCUUGUCUGUGCAGAAGUUUAUCACACUGAUUUCUUUAGGCUGUGAAGUUAAGGGACUUUUUCUAUGGAGCCCAUGGCUGACCUUGUGCCCUGGGGUUUUUGGACAGGGUGGAGGUAGGGGGGGGGGCUCAAAUCCUGGCUGUGUAUGCAAACUAGGCUACAUCUGUUUGCUUUGAGUGAGAAGCCAGGAAAAGAAACCACUUGAGUAUUUUUUUUUUCUCAGUUUGUCUUGAAUAUGAUUGUUGCUGUCCAUGUUCUUCUUAGAUUUCACACAGCCAAAGAGACUUUGGUGGCUGAAGCCAUAAGUAGACUGGUAAAAAAAGAAGGGUGGAUUAGGAGGGGCCCUCCUAUACUGGGGGAGUCGCCUGACUUUGUUAUGGAACCCUGUAGAUCCAUCACCCAAAUUCUAUUGUAACUUGUUUCCAGUUUAGUUUUCACAUGACUACUUGCUCUCUGUAGGAACCUAAUACCGCAUAUUGUACAUAGAUCAGUGAGUAACGUGAAGUAUCCCGUUAAUAUGAUGUCCAUAUGAGGGGUGUUCUUUAUUCCUGACUCAUGAAUUCUAAUUCACAUUGGAAGUGGAGGAAGCCUUGGGGUCAAACUCCCAGUGGUAGUGAUCUAUCUAAAUGACUUGCACUGAAAUCUGUACAUCAAGAUGCUGCUUUCGCAUCAUGUAACAAUUGUAUGAUUGUAGUAUACCGCAAUAAUUGUUUUUGGUUUUUUUGGGGUUUGUUUUUAAAUUAUUUCCAAAACUCUCCUCAAAAGGAGUUUUUCCCCCUUGUGUACUUUUUGCUUACUGUAAAUAAUAAAAUUGCCGUAGUUAAAACCAAUAACAUUCUAAAGUCGUAGCUUUUGUUUGUAGCUACCGUUUCAAAAACAAACAUGCAGAUAGACCAUGUAAAACCUUUGAACGAAGGCUGACAAGCGCAUGUGUUUUAUCAAGGCUAUUUCUGAACUUCUGUAUAGGAAGGGCUGGGUUCUGGGGAGCAGGGUGGAAGUGGUGGCCUGUACAAUGGCAGCAAUGUUAUGUCUUUUUUAACCUUAUUAUGCAUCUGCAAAUAAAGUUUUGAGUUCAUAA